CAUUCUCCAUAAUUUUUAUAGCCAAGAAGACAGGAGAGCUGGGAGACUUUAUUACAGGCAAAGUGAUAUGGGAAGAAGGUAUUGGUAUAACGAUGUCCUACCAUGCACCGCCACGGUCGCAGUAGAGUGCUCCAACGUUGUCAUUAACAUUCUAUUCAAAGCUGCUUCUUCAAAGGGGUUAAGCUACUACACCUUCCUUGCCUAUUGUUACGCUUUAGCCACCAUUGUUCUCAUCCCUGUAACCUUCUUCUUAAUCAGCAAAUCAGGGUUUCCUCCAUUUAAGUUCCCUCUCAUCUCUAGACUUUGCCUUCUUGGUUUUGUUGGGUUUUCAAGUCAAUUAUCUGUAUAUAAAGGUUUGGAACUAGGCACCCCAAUUCUUUCCUCUGCCAUCAGCAACCUCAUACCAGCUUUUACCUUCAUACUUGCUGUCUUCUUCAGGAUGGAAAAGGUAGAAUUGGGAAGCUCAAGCACUCAAGCUAAAAUCAUUGGCACCGUAGCAUCAAUAUCUGGUGCAUCUGUGGUUGUUCUUUACAAAGGUCCCAGAGUUCUUUCCUCUCCACGUUGGGCCUCAUCAUCGGUAUUAAUUCAACAGCCUCUGGGAUCACCACAAUCAAAUUGGGUGAUUGGUGGGCUCUUACUUGCUAUGGGAUAUCUGUUUUCUUCAUUCUGGUAUAUUAUUCAGUCACAAAUUAUGAAGAUAUAUCCAGAAGAGAUUAUUGUAAUUUUAAUCUACAAUUUGUCCUUGGUCAUUUUUUUUGUACCAUUAUGCUUAAUAGCAGAAUCAAACAAGAGUUCCUGGAGACUAGGACCUAGCAUAGUAGCUGCUUCUAUCCUGUACUCGGGAAUUUUUGCAUUAUCCUUCAGCAGUGCUGUACAUUCAUGGGGUGUACGCUUGAAAGGGGCUGUGUAUGUUACAAUAUUCAUGCCAUUGUCAAUUGUCAUUGCAGCAAUUAUGAGUGCCAUGUUCCUUGGUGAUGCAUUGUGUCUUGGAAGUGUCAUUGGAGCAUUAAUCUUAUCUGCGGGGUUUUAUGCUGUAUUAUGGGGAAAAGCAAAAGAAGAAGAAAUGACUUAUGAUGAUUCAGGCUCAAGUAGCUUUGGACCCUCGUCCAAUUGUAAUGUCUCUUUGUUGCAAAGCCACAAUGAUGAAGAAAUGUAG